AUGUCGGACUUCAAAGUAAUCAUCAUAGGGGCCGGCCCCACGGGCUUGACAGCAGCCCAUGCGCUGUCAAAGGCAGGGAUCGAUUUCGUCGUGCUUGAGCGAAGGCCGCAGAUUGUCGAGGAUGUCGGGGCGUCUCUUGUUUUGUUCCCGUACAACAUGCGGGUAUUUGCCCAAUUCGGGCUCCUGGAGAAGCUGCAAAACAUAGGCCACGAGGUUCUGCGCUGGGCAGACUACACGACCCUGGGCAUGUAUAUGGAAAGCUGGCACACGCAUACGAUAAGAGAGAACCACGGCUCGUACUCGUUCAUGUUUCACCGAGCAGAGCUUAUCGGAGCCAUUCAUGAUGGUCUCAGCGAAGAGGACAAGGGGCGAAUCCACACGGGCAAGAAACUUGAGAACAUUGAGGACACGGAUGACGGUGUAGUCGUCACUUGUGCCGAUGGAUCAACCUACGAAGGGUCCAUCGUCCUCGGUGCCGAUGGAGUGCACAGCCAGACAAGGAGGCUCAUGCGGGAACUGGCCCUGGAGAAAUCCCCAGACGCCGACGUCAACGACACCGAGCCCUUCCAGCAUCUGUACAAGACCAUGUGGUGCUCAUUCCCGAGGCGUUGGGAAUACGCACCCGGCGACCACUGUAUCACUCACGGCAACAAAGCCUCCCUCCAGAUGCUGAACGCCCACCACCGCGCUUGGCUGUUCGUCUACGAGAAGCUCGAUACGCCGACCACGGAGCGGGUGGCGUUCACCGAGGAGGACAUGGAGGAGUUCGCCGCCAAGCACGCCGACAUGAAGAUCGGCGACCGCCUCAAGGUCCAGGACGUCUUCCCCCACAGGACGAGCGCCGGCAUGGCGAACCUCGAGGAGGGGAUCCUGAAGCACUGGAGCGGCGGCCGCAUCGUCCUCGCCGGCGAUGCCUGCCACAAAUUUACGCCAAACGCCGGGCUCGGAUUUAACAAUGCCCUGCAGGACAUCGUCGCGCUCGUGAACGAGCUACACCGCCUGCUCGAGCCCAGCGACAAGGACGUCGCGCCCAGUGAGACCGACCUGGGUGCGCUGUUCUACCGGUACCAAGAUGCCCGCAGGGAGGGGGUCCUGGACGAUUACAAAUUCUCAGCACACUUGACCAGGUUAUGUGCCUGGCCGAACACGACGUACUGGCUUGUGGACCAAUAUGUGAUCCCCGCCAUUCCCAAUUUCAACAAGCUUCUCAUGAAGUUCAAGGGCUCGCCUUCGAUCAGCAAGGCUCUGUGUCUGGACUUUGUGGAAGGCGAGGAGCCAUUUGAAGGCAAGAUACCGUGGGUGAAUCCGGUUAAAAAGCCAGAAAACUAG